AUGAGCAGUCAGAAGCUCCGAUUUUGCACUGGGAAGUUGAUAUUCGUGUCCUGGAAUGAAGCUGAGAGUUUACAAACUCCCGAUGCAACCCACGCGGCUGUUGAGAUUUCACUGAGCCGACCGAGCCAUGGCAACUUUGCAGACAUCUCCGACAAGACGGCAGGACGCGACCAGCCACAAAAAAAAGAACCGCCGCUGGAAUCAGCAAAGAAUGCAUCCAAGAGACCGUUCCAGAGACGUGGCUGUCAGAGCGGCGACGCGGACCCUCUCGACGAGCUCCCCGACCGAAUCCGAAUCUGCUCCUUGCGCCUCGGGGUAUAUAUGGACUACAACAUCCACGACGGAACCUUGAACCGCGAUACGGAGAACGUGACCCCCUAUACCAUUCGCCGGCCGUUCAAAAUCCUGGUGGAGAAGGAAUCUGAGAUCCGCGAUGGCUUGGACGAGAUGGAAAAGGUUCGACUGAAACGCUUUCCGCACGCGACCGAGGAAGACCAUGAGCACAGAUGGCAGGCCAAUAUGCCCCAGGACAUGAUUGAGCCAAAGCGGUUUGACCCAAACAGUGCCAACCAGGAGGAGCUUACAGCGAUGAUCAACGACCUGCGAUGCCUAGUGAAGUUCAUGGAUGGAUACAUCACUCCAACCCUGCGACAUAUUGGCUCAUCGCCUCAAGUCUACUUCUCUGAUCUGUGGUUUGUUUUCCCUGCCCGCUCUCUUCUCUACGUCCGGGACAAGGAAGUUCCCCAGAAGGUCUGGAAAGUCAUUCAGCGCACAGGGGCAACCCGCGACAAAACUGCGCCACCACCGACGAGCAAGCGCGGCACGGAGCGAACGCACGGCUUCUUACCGUUCUACAUCGACUGCUAUCAUCUCGACCACGACGGAACACGGUACAUCCCAAUGUUCCGCCAGAUCAAAAUCGAAUACUUUGGGGGCUGCCAACCGCUUUCUUCGCUGCCUGUCAUCCCGUUGGAUGUGGCCCAAAGACUCGACUACAUCGACACACAAACCUUUCUGCGGCGAGGCAGAGAAUUUGUGCAGUGCACUACGCAACCAAGACACAAGCAAUACACUGGCCGUAACCAGGUUAGUCGCCCUAACGGUGCCAAGCUGCACGAUAAAGGCGCCGAUGUCCCCGAGAACGCCACGCGGUACGCCGAAUGGAUCGAGAGCGAAGUCAUGAUCGACUUUCAGCGAGCGCUCCAGGAGAUACCCAACUGGCGGCCCAAGACCGGGGAGUUGGAGCUCUUCAAAUCACCCGGGCAUCCGACAGACUACUGCGGAUUUGAUGAUGACACCCCCUGGGACAACAAGGUGUCGGAUCAGGUUAUGGACGAGGUGUGGGAGCAGGGCGAGGUGUGGCACAAGAGGCGAACGCAUCCGUCCGACGAGGAGGACCUGUUACUGUUACCUGAAAGGGUAUUCGGGUUCGUGUUUCGAACAAGGAAAUGGGCCUGCCUCCGAAUAGGCACAGACCAUGAUGGCGGGGAGACACUCAGGGACAAGACACGCCGUGACAAGCCAUGGAAUGACCUCCAGUUGCCGGACGGUCAUAAGCGGUUGGUGGAGUCCUUGAUUGAGUCGCAUUCGUCUGUGAAGGGCCAUCGAGGUUUGCACUUUGACGUUGUCAGAGCCAAGGGUAUGGGUGUCACUAUCCUAUUGCAUGGGGUCCCCGGUGUGGGCAAGACUUCCACGGCAGAAUGCGCUGCCGAAGCUAACAAGCGGCCCCUGCUCCCUAUUACCUGCGGCGAUCUCGGCACUUCCCCGCGCGAUGUUGAGAAGAAACUAGAGGAGACCUUUCAGCUUGCACAGCUGUGGGAGUGCGUUUUGCUGCUCGACGAAGCAGACAUCUUUCUUGCCCAGAGGACUGAGAAUGAUAUCGCACGGAAUGCCUUAGUGUCUGUGUUUCUCCGUGUACUUGAGUACUAUGAAGGAAUCCUCUUUCUUACAGCUAACCGGGUCGGCGUAUUCGACGAGGCGUUCAAGUCUCGUAUCCACCUGCCUCUCUACUACCCUCCCUUGGAAUGGAAGAAUACCAAAAAGAUCUGGCACAUCCACCUCAAGAAGCUCGUCGAAAGCGGUCUCGUCGUUGUUGACGAAAACGACAUCCUUGAAUACGCAGAAAACUUCUUCGACCGCCAGAACGCAAAAGGAUCCACGGUCGGACCCGUAUGGAACGGUCGCCAAAUCCGCAAUGCCUUCCAGAGUGCAGUCGCGCUGGCCGGUCAUGGAAGUGAAGUAGGCGCGGGUAACAAAAUUCGCGUCACGCGAGAGCACUUUGACAGUGUUGCCAAGGUGUCGGAUCAUUUCAAUAGGUACAUUUACGGCAUCAAAAUGCAGACGGAUUCGGACAAGGCCGUGAAAUGGGGAUACCGCUUCGAUGGAUACCAACCUCACGGUGGUACUAACGUAGAGGGAGCCACCACGCACACACCUUUCCAGGCUACAGGGAUGCCAUAUCAGACGCCCGUGGGUGCAGGUAAUGGUGCGGUCUACGGCGCUGGAACGGGAGCGCAGCAGACGUUCAACCCAACGGCACAAGGGCUUGGGCAUGGCUUCCAGAUGCAGACAGGUUACCAGGGUCCGAACUUUGGCACGCCGGGAGGCCAGACCCUCCUCUAUGGGGGACCCACAGGUCUACAGCAAACCCCCCAACAAUCGCCUCAGGGGUUCAAUGCGAGCCAGACGCAGCAGUAG